AUGACAGAAAUGACCGCCUCUCGCAUUCGCGUUGCUUUUCCUCUUCAAGUCCUCAUUCUCGUGGCUGUAACCCUCGCAGUGUCACGUCCUCUUGUAGCGGGGACAAAUGCACCAGCCUCUUUCUCUGGAGACUUCUCAGCAGCGGAUGCGACUCGGGAAUAUUUGCGUCCGCGCUUUUCCGUGGCGCACAGGAAGCUCGCCGCCGAGACUGGCGCCGAAACUUACGCCGAAACUCCCCCCGUGACGUCCGGCCCAACUCGCGCCGCGAAAUCCGGCCAGUCCGCCGCAGCAGCAAGAGCAGAGCACGGUUCAGAGGCAACGAGUGAUAUUGCAGCCGAUUAUAACGCGAACGAGGAGCUUCCGGGCCGCCGAAUCACGGCAGCGACGAGGAAAGGAGCGGAUGCAACCGAGGCCGCUGCCGUGGACACGUGGCAGCGUGUAACUGGCUCCGCGGCAGUGGGAGGGGAUCGGCGAAUCAUGGCUGAGGGAGAGGCGCGAAAGGGAACUGUCUCACGGUGGUUUGGACUGAAGCGAGAUAGUGGAGAAGGGAAGGGUUGGAGGGGGACGGGUGUAACAGGAACUGGGACAGGUGAAGGGGAGAGAAUGGGAGUGAGGGAGGGAGUGAGGAUGGGGAGGGGUAAUGCUGCGGGAAAGGGUGAGAAGGCAGAGGGAGAGGCGGAGGAGGAGGAGGAAGAAGAGGAAGAGGAGGAAGGGGAGGAGGAAGGAAAGGAGGGGGUUGGGAGUGCAGCCACGGGAGGGAGCGGCCUUGGGAGUAUCCGGGAAGGUGGUGGCGGAGUGAAAGCUGGAGGUGAUAAUGUUGAAGGUGAUAAUAGGGAGGGGUAUGGUGUACGAAAAGGCAAGGCAGAGAAACAGGAAGAAAAGGAAGCGAAGGAGGAGGAGGAAGAGGAAGAGGAAGAGGAGGAUGAGGAGGGAGAAGAAGCGAAGGAGGGUGGGGGAGGAGUGAAACCUAGUGGGGAGGGGUUGUUGGGAAGGACAGGCAAUAGGAAUUUCAAUGACGGUCAAGCAGUCAACUCUGAUGCUGUGAGGAGAGGUGACGUUACAGUGGGCGGGGUGACACUAACGAGGGGUGGUGGUGGUCCUGUGUUGACGAAUUCGCCGGAUUUGAACACAGAGAGAGCAGUGGGAGUGGGAGUGGGAGUGGGAAGGCCGGUGGUUGAGGGGACGAAGGGACGGGAGAAGGUGAAGUUAGCAGGGCAGGAGGCGAAGGAAGAGGAGGAAGAGGAGGAGGAAGAGGAAGAGGAAGAGGAAGGGGAAGGUAAGGAGGAGGAGAUGGCAGCGGGGAAGACGCCUCAAGGCAAGCAGGGAGGCACGGCCUUUACCGCAAGAGGAACUGACGCAGCUGGGGCUGCUGCUGUGGCGGCUACAGCUGCUGGCACUGGCAGCUCUUUCUCUUCGCUGCAAACUGCUGCUGGUAGUGUGGUGAAGAAGGGGAAAGAGGAAGAGGAGGAAGACGAGGAGGAGGAGGAGGAGGAAGUGGAGGAAACAGGGACGAAGACGUCUCAAGGCAAGCAAGGAGCCACGACCAUCACCACGAGAGGAACUGACGAAGCUGGGGCUGCUGCGGUAGCGGCUACAGCUGGUGGCACUGGCAGCACUGGCAGCUCUUUCUCUCCGCUGCACACUGCUGCUGGCAGUGCGGUGAAGAAAAGUGCAGAAGAGGAAGAGGAGGAGGCUGAGGAGGAAGAAGAGGAAGAGGAGGAAGCAGGGGCGAAGACGUCACAAGCAAAGGAAGGAGCCACAGCCAUUACCACAACUGGAACUGACACAGGUCGGGCUGCUGCGGUAGCGGCUACAGCUGCGGGCACUGGCAGCUCUAUUUCGCCGAUGCGAACUGCUGCUGGCAGUGCGAUCAAGGAUACGAAAGAGGAAGAAGAAGAAGAGGAGGAGGAGGAGGAGGAAGAGGAGGCAGAGGGAGAGGAGAAAACAUCAGUAGCCAAGAAAGCAUUCAUGCCUCGUACCACAGUGGGAACUGACGCAGCUGGGGCUGCUUCUGUGGCGGCUACAGCUGCUGGCACUGGCACUGGCAAGUUUGGUUUUCCACUGCAAACUUCUGGCAGCAGUGCGGUCAAGAAGGAGAAGGAAAAAGAGGAAGAGGAAGAAGAAGAAGAGGAGGAGGAGGAAGAGGAGGCAGAGGAGAAGACGUCCCAAGCCAAGCAAGGAACUGCGUCGCGCACAGCUACAGGCGCUGGAGCUACUGGCGCUACAGUGCCUUCUACAGCCGCUACAGCUGGUACAGCUACAGCUGGAGGUGCUGAGAGCUCACUGUACCCGUUGAAGACUGAUGCUGGCAGUGGCAGUGCGGUGAAGGAGAAAGCGGAAGAGGAAGAGGAGGAGGAAGAGGAGGAGAAGGAAGAGGAGGAGAAAGGAGAGCUCAGCAAGGGCGCAGAGUUAUCUGGUGCAGGAGCGAUUGGGAAGGAGAAAGAGGAUGAGGGCGAAGGAGAGGAAGAUGAGGGAGAGGAAGAGGAAGAGGACGAGAAGGAAGAAAAAGAAGAAGGUGAGAGGAAAGGAGGAGGAAGAGGCACUGCCGUUGAUGCUGGAAGAAGUGGGUUUACUGCCGGUGGGGCUUUUCCCGGUGGCGCUGUUCCAUCUGGCAGUAGCGAAUCAGCUUAUAAGGGAGCAACCAGCAGCACUGAUUUCGGGAGUAGUGGCAGAGGAGGUGGUGGUAGUGGUGGUGGUGGGGAUCCCGAGGAGGUGGAAGGGACGAGUGUGGUGGGGAAGGGGCCUCCGGAGACUGGCUCUUCCCUUACUGCUAAUGCUGCGACUGGUGGUGGCUAUACUGGCACUGGUGGUGGUGUUGCUAGUGGUGCCAGCAGUGCUGAUUUGGGUGCUGGCUCCCGUGCUGCUUCUGGGUUAGCUUCUGAUGGUUCUGGUGGUAAGAAGGCAGGGAGGGCGGUGGAUGAAGAAGAGGAGGGGACUGAGGAUGAAGAGGAGGAGGAGGAGGAGGCGGAGGAAGAGGAAGAAAGGGAAAAAGGAGGAGUCCAGGGGAGAGGUGUGGCAGGGGCAGCAUCUGAAGGUAAGCUGUCGGGUGGGGCUUUGAGUGGAGGCGUGGUUGAGUCAGAGCCGAGAGGGUCGGGACUGAGUGAGUCCGGACGGUUUAAGUCAGGAGGCGUGACGAAGUCACGCGUGACUAAGGCGGGAGUGACGGCAGAAGAAGCUGUAUCAAAGGGAACGCGAGGCGCAGAGGAGAAGGAGGAGGAAGAAGAGGAAGAGGAGGAGGAAGAGGAGGAUGAGAAGGAGGAGGAUGAGGAGAAUCCAAGCACAAAGAAAGUGCUGGGUGGAAAGGGAGAAGCAUCAGAAGGUGAAUCAGAAUCAGAGCAUGGGUCGCCGUUUACAAAAUCCUCUGCAGUUCCGUUAGUGAAGGCUGGUGGCGUGAGCCGUGGUGUGACUGUAGGAGGAGGUGAUUCAAGGGGUGUGGGGGGAGAUGGUGGCAGUGGAAGAGAUAGGCUGGAGAAGGGAGGGAUGGAAGGCGAGGGAAAUGUGAAAGGGGAGGGCGAGGAUGAGGAAGAGGAGGAGGAUGGAGAGGAUGCGGAAGAGGACGAGGAGAGUGCAGGAAAACUGAAGGAUAAGGCAAAGGCUGAUGGUGCUUCAGGUGUGGCUUCAGCUGCUGGUUCUGAUGAUGGUUUGGCGAAGCCUGGGGCAAUUGAAGGCUUAAAACGGACUCGAAUGGGAGAUCCACGAUCAAGUGCUAGUGCAAGUGCAGGUAAGGACACGGAGGCAGCAGCUAAGAGCGGUAGCAGUAAGGCAGACGAUGAGGAGGAGGGUGAGGAGGAAGAGGGAGAAGAGGGGGAAGAGGAAGAAGAAGGGAAGGCAGAUGGGAAGCAUGAGGAGAGAGCUGGGACGAGGGAGGAGGGAGUGAGAGGUGAAGGGGAGGGUGGAGGGGGGAGUGGAGAGUGGGGGAAGAAGAGUGGGAGGGGGGAGGUGGGGGAUGAAGGCACCAGGAUGGAAGGGGUUGGGCGAGGGUUCAGGGAUGGUGCUGUUGGUGAGAGAGGGGAGGAAGAAAGGGCAGCGACAGGUGGGAUUCCUGUGAGAGGAAAGGGGGUUGGAGUGCAGAAGGGAAAGGAGAAGGGUGAGGAAGAGGAGGAAGAGGAAGGUGAGGAGGAAGAGGAGGAAGGGGAGGAAGAGGGAGAGGAGGAGGAGGAGAAGAAAAGUGUGGGGGGAAAGGCUGGUAAGGGAAAGGUGAAAAAGGGAGCGUCAGGAGGAAGAGGAGGAGCUGGGGAGGAGGAAGAGGAGUCUGAGGAGAGGGAGGACGAGUCAGAAGGAAAGGAAGAAGAGGAAUUAGAAGGGAAGGUGUCAAUGAGGGGUGGGUAUACAAAGGCAGUGAGGGGUGGGUAUACAAAGGCAGGGCAGCAGCAGUCGCGGGCAGAGCAGGUGGAGGGAGAGAGGGAGGCGAGUGAUGCUGCUUCUUCUGGCGGUGGUGAUGGUGCAAGGGAGGGGAAGGUGAGGAGAGGAACGGGUGGAGGUGAGGAAGGCACGAUGGGGGAGCGGAAGGGCGGGAAAGGCGAAGCAGGAAGUGCAGGUGAGGAUGAGAGUGAGAGUGAGGAUGAAGAGACAGAAGAGGAGGAGGAAGAGGACGAGGAGAGUGGUGAGAGGAAGAAGAGAGGAUCCGAGGAGGAGGAGGGUCGUGGAGAAAAGAAGGGAGGGAAGGCGGAGGAAGAGAAGGGAGUUGAUGAGGAGGGAGAGGAGAAGCGGGAAUGGAAGAGUCGUGCGGAAGGUGGGGGCAUGGAGAGCAGGUUAGUUGUGAAGGGAAAGAGGGAGGGAGAAAAGGGAGAGAGGGAUAAGGAGGAGGAGGGAGAGGAGAGGGAGGAGGGGGAGGAGGAAAAGGGGGAAGAUAAAGGUGGCAAAAGCGGAGGAGAGGUGCGAGAAGAGGAAGAAGGAGGAGAGCGGGACGGGGUAAGAGGUGGGGAACGGGAUGAGGGCCGUGAGGAGGAAAGAGGGGAAGGAAUGGAAGAGGGGAGGGAGGAGGAAAGGGAGGUGGGAAGAGGGGAGGGAAGGGAGCAGGAAAGGGAGGAGGAAAGAAGGGAGAAGAGGGAGGGAGAGAGUUUUGGGCUUCAUUAUAAGGCAGGUGGUGAGCGUGACGAUGGGGGAGGGGAGCGUGAGUGGGGAAAGAGAGGAGGUGAGGGUGGAGGGGGAGGGGAAGGUAUGGGUGAAAGAGGAGGAGAAGGAAUGGGAGGAGGAGGAGGAGAUACUGAUGAUAUAGGAAUGGGGAGAGACGCUGGGGACGAUGAGAGGCAGCAAGGGGAGGCUGGGGAAUCAGGAAUUGGAGAGGGAAGGGGAGAGCACGCGAGCAAAACUCCAGAUGGUUUUUCCUCCUAUGCUGCUGCGCACGGUGACACCACCCACGGCCAGAGGGAAGGCGAACCUUCCUAUGGCCAUGCACAGGGGCAGCAAGGCAGUGAAUUUGGCAGCAGCAGUGGCGGCGUCGGGAGGGAGACGGAGUUUGGCAGAGAGCAAGGGCAACAAGGCACCGACUUUAGCAGCAGCAGCAGCAACAGCAAGAUGAGGGAGAAUGAGUUUGGGGGAUCACAUUGGGAGCAACGCACUGAGCCUGAGGCUGGCAGCGCACAGGGGGGGUUGGCAAGGGCGGAGAUGGGCAGCAGCAGCGACGUGAGUGUCCCGGACGACCACUCCCUGGGCCUGGGGCUGGGCUUUGGGCAGGCGGCAGCAGGAGAAGAUGCUGACUGGGACGUGCCCCUGCCACAACCCGUGCUGCAGACGCGCGCUCAGGCUGUAGCAGAGGGGUUCAGAGAGGCCGCGGGGAGGUUCGUGCCGAUGCUGCCUGUGGAACAGGUGAAGCGUGUGGAGGAAGCUGCCAGGAAGUUUGCCAAGGACGGAACCAUCAUCUUUGCUGCAGCAUCGUAUGUGUACCUGCCUCUCUUCCGCAACUGGGUCACCGCUCUCAACCGCAUUGGCCUCUCCAGCAAUUUCCUGCUCUUUGCCCUCGACCAGGCCAUGUACGUGGCAGUGGAGGACGCCUAUCCCGGCCACGCCAUGUGGCUUGAAGUGGCAAAUCUGACCCAGCAUCCUACACCGCGCCCCACCGCUUUCCACCACCUCGGCUCUCCGGAGUUCCUCCUCCUGGCCGCCCGCCGCCCCUUCUUCGUGCGAGCUCUGCUCAAGGCGGGAGUGAACGCCCUGUACAGUGACCUCGACACCGUGUGGCUCAAGAACCCCCUCCCCUUCUUCCCGCCUUCGCUCGACAUCACCUUUCAAGACGACUCUCACCUCUUCUCCCCCGGAGAAGCCUCCCCCCUCCCCCUCCCCUCCAUCUCCUCCCCCUCCUCUCCUUCCAAUUCCUCUCUUGCCGUCCCUCUCCCUUGGUCGCAAAUCGCCCGAGCCUCCCCGUGCCUGGCAAUGUUCCGCCAAACCAAGGGCACUGAAGCUGUGGUGGAGGAUUGGGCUCGGAGAAUGGCAACAGUGGACUACACCUACGCUGUGCCUAGCAGUGACGUACCCUUGCUACAAAAGGCCCUAUUUCAAAUGGCUAAGGAUGGGAAACCACUCAAAGUGGGUAUUCUCCCUCAAGAGUCCUUCCCUCCUGGCUGGCUUGCUUUCAGCCCUCUAGGUUCCUCCUCCCCUUCAGCCUCAUCCUCGUUAGAAGCCUCUCAGUUACCAGGAUUAGGAUCUGAAGCACUUAUGAAGGAUCAGCUGCCGUCGUCGCUGUCGUUUGGUGGAGCAGUAGAGAGGGGUGUAGGGGGGAGGGUGUGGUUGCAGGAGCACAGAGAGGAGGUGGUGGUGGUGCAUUGCAAUGCGGCUCGCCUGCUGCCGUUCAAGAUCGAUGCGAUGAAGGGUGCUGGCCUUCUGGCGGAGACUCUCGCGGGUGCGGCGGGAGAAGCGACCCAGGCUGCAGCCGCUGGCACCAAGGGGAACAACAACGGGUGGGGUGGAGGGGCGGAGAGCGGUUCAGGGGGGUGGAAGGAUGCGCUGUGGUCGCCAGCGAAGCUUCUGGACGCAUUCGUGACGAGCCUGUCAAUGAUCCUCGUCAGCGAGAUCGGAGACGAGACGUUCAUCAUCGCUGCCCUCAUGGCCAUGCGCCAUCCGCGCAGCAUUGUGCUCGCUGGAGCGCUCUCAGCUCUUGGGAUCAUGACGGCCCUAUUCAAUAGUUCACGUCCCUUAGCUCCCAUCUUUCCCAUCAAUCUGCUGUUCCCCCGCCACCUCACCCUGUUCCAUGCCUCUCUUGUUCAUCCGCCAUACACAGUGUCCCCUUUCACCCAUGUCAACCCCAUCAUCCUCCGCACUCCCAUCACUCCCACGCCCCCCCGGUUCUUGCUGUACACCUUCUUUGGCCUCCGUCUGCUGUACAUUGCGUGGAGGGCAGACCCCAAGGAGUCUGCUGCCAAGGAAAUGGAGGAGGUGGGUGCGAUUGUUGAUGUUUCAGGUUUUGCAAGACACUUCAAUGUUAAGGUAGAGGAGAAGCUGGAAAGCGAGGAGAAUGACAAGGGCAGGCACAGAGGCAUUCGCAAGUUCUUUGCUGGCUUCUGCACACCUGUAUUCCUUGAGGCCUUCAUCCUCACUUUUCUCGCAGAGUGGGGCGAUCGCAGCCAAAUCGCUACCAUUGCUCUGGCAGCACACAAGGACGCCUUCGGAGUGACGGUGGGGGCGACAGUGGGCCAUGUGGUAUGCUCUACCAUUGCAGUGGUGGGCAGUUGGUGGCCGGCAGGCAGAUUCUCUGACGUCCUAAUUACUCCCCUCCCACCCCCACGCCCCUGCCCCGUCUAUCCCUCCCUUUCGUCCCACACUGUGCAGCUGGCAGCACACAAGAAUGCCUUGGGAGUGACAGUGGGGGCAACACUGGGCCACGUUGUGUGCACCAUUAUUGCAGUGGUGGGCCGCAGACUAGUUUCCUGGUGUUUAAAAUGCUCCUCCCCAACUCCCGCGCCUUGUCUGUCUCUUCCCCCCCUUGCGCACAUGCAGCUGGCAGCACACAAGAACGCCUUGGGAGUGACAGUGGGUGCGACGCUGGGCCAUGUGGUCUGCACCACCAUUGCAGUGGUGGGUGGCAGACUGCUUGCCUUGCGUAUCUCGCAGCGCACUGUAGCUAUGAUGGGAGGAGCACUGUUCCUCAUAUUCGCCGUCCACUCUUACUACUCCCCUAUAGAGUAA